GAAUUGUGUGACAGCAUUGUUGCCUUCCCCUUGGCCCUUUGGGACUCCCUUCCCCAGGGAAGUUCUGGAAAUUAUUAAUAUUAUAUAAGAAGUAUAUAUUUGAACUUUUUAAGUUGCCUUUAGUUUUGGUCCUGAUUUUUCUUUUUACAAUUAUCAAAAUAAAAUUUAUUAAGAAAAAGGAUCCUGUAGUUGGAGGGUUUGGUCUGGAUAUAGGAACUCGAGCCCUGCCGUUGCACGCAGUGUCCCUUAGGGAGCUGGGUCGGCCGCAAAAUAAACGGAACUCGAGUUUUCCACCGAGCCUGGGAACUUUCAGCUGGAGGAACCUACCUCGCCAGGGAGCCGUUUCCGCGGCUCAGCAGCGCUCAGCCCAACGGAAGUCCAGGAACUGGAACUCUAUGCAGGAAGUGAGUUGAAUCACCCUGGCGACGGGAGGGUCGCGGAGCAACGCCCUUUCCGCCGGAAGUGGAUUUCAGAGCUUCCACGUGCUGUCCCUCCCACCUCCCGGACAAGUAGCAGUGGCUCGGCUGCUGCCAUGGAGCCCGCGGGCCUGGAACUGAUCCUGCGGGAGCUGCUGCUGCCGGACACCGAGCGCAUCCGCCGGGCCACCGAGCAGCUCCAGACCGUUCUUCGGGACCCCGCCGCCCUGUCCGCGCUUUGCAACCUGUUGGCCUCCGCGGCCGAUCCUCAGAUCCGCCAGUUCGCAGCCGUGCUGACCCGCAGACGACUGAGCACCCGCUGGCGACGGCUGUCAGCGGAGCAACGGGAGAGCAUCAAGUCCCUGGUUCUGACGACCCUCCAGAGAGAGACAGAGCACACUGUGAGCCUUAGCCUGGCCCAGCUCUCAGCCACUAUUUUUCGGAAGGAAGGCCUGGAGGCCUGGCCUCAGCUCAUGCAGCUUCUUCAGCACAGUACCCGCAGCCCCCACAUCCCUGAGAGAGAGAUGGGGCUUUUGCUGCUAAGUGUAGUGGUGACCUCCCGGCCGGAGGCCUUCCGACCCCACCACCGGGAACUUCUUCGGCUUUUGAAUGAGACCCUUGGUGAGGUGGGGUCUCCUGGGCUUCUCUUCUACUCUCUGCGCACUCUGACCACCAUGGCCCCUUACCUCCGCACUGACGAUGUGCCUCUGGCACGGAUGUUGGUGCCCAAGCUCAUCAUGGCCGUGCAGACUCUGAUUUCUGUAGAUGAGGCAAAGGCUUGUGAGGCCAUGGAGGCCCUGGAUGAAUUGCUGGAGUCAGAGGUGCCUGUCAUCACCUCCCACCUCUCUGAGAUCCUCACAUUCUGCCUAGGGGUGGCUAGAAACACGGCUCUGGGUGAUGCAGUGCGUGUACGUAUUCUCUGCUGCCUCACUUUUUUGGUCAAAGUCAAGAGCAAGGCCUUACUGAAGAAUCGUCUCCUCCCCCCCUUGCUGCACACCCUUUUCCCCAUUAUUUCUGCUGAGCCCCCCUUGGGCCAGUUGGAUCCAGAGGACCAAGAUUCAGAGGAGGAAGACUUGGAGAUUGGGCUGGUGGGAGAGACACCCAAGCACUUUGCUGUACAGGUUGUAGACAUGCUGGCACUACAUUUGCCCCCUGAGAAGCUUUUUACCCCACUAAUGCCCAUGCUGGAAGAGGCCUUGAGGAGUGCGAGCCCCUACCAGCGCAAGGCUGGGCUCCUGGUGCUGGCUGUGCUGUCCGACGGAGCUAGCGACCACAUCAGGCAGAGACUGCUGACCCCACUACUGCAGAUUGUGUGCAAGGGCCUGGAGGACCCAUCACAAGUUGUGCGCAAUGCCGCGCUCUUUGCCCUGGGCCAGUUCUCAGAGAACCUACAGCCUCAUAUCAGCAGGUAUUCAGGGGAGGUGAUGCCACUGCUCCUUGCCUACUUGAAGUCAGUGCCUCCCAGGCACACACACCACCUAGCCAAAGCCUGCUAUGCCCUGGAGAAUUUCGUGGAGAACCUAGGGCCUAAAGUGCAGCCCUACCUUCCGGAGCUUAUGGAGUGUAUGCUGCAGCCUCUGAGGAAUCCCAGCAGUCCCCAGGCCAAAGAGCUAGCUGUGAGCGCCCUGGGGGCCAUUGCCACGGCUGCCCAGGCCUCCCUGCUGCCCUACUUUCCUACCAUCAUGGAGCACCUGCGGGAAUUCCUGGUGACAGGCCAUGAGGACCUUCAGCCUGUGCGGAUCCAGAGCCUGGAGACACUGGGGGCACUGGCACGAGCAGUGGGGGAGCCCAUGAGGCCCCUGGCUGAGGAAUGUUGCCAGCUGGGGCUGGGCCUGUGCGACCAGGUAGACGACCCUGACUUGCGACGCUGCACGUACAGCCUGUUUGCAGCCUUAUCGGGGCUGAUGGGUGAGGCCCUGGCACCUUACCUGCCACAAAUCACUACAUUCAUGCUGUUGUCACUGCGUUCCACUGAGGGCAUUGUGCCUCAGUACGACAGCAGUAGCUCUUUCCUUCUGUUUGAUGACGAGAGUGAUGGGGAGGAAGAGGAAGAGCUCAUGGAUGAGGAUGAGGAAGAGGAGGAUGACUCGGAGAUCUCAGGGUACAGUGUGGAGAACGCCUUUUUCGACGAGAAGGAAGACACCUGUGCUGCCCUGGGGGAGAUCUCUGUGAACUCCAGCGUGGCCUUCCUUCCCUACAUGGAGAGUGUCUUUGAAGAAGUAUUCAAACUUCUGGAGUGCCCCCACCUGAAUGUGCGCAAGGCAGCCCACGAGGCCCUGGGUCAGUUCUGCUGUGCACUGCACAAAGCCUGUCAGAGCUGCCCCUCAGAACCCAGCACGGCUGCUCUGCAGGCCACCCUGGCCCAGGUGGUGCCAUCCUACAUGCAGGCAGUGUAUAGGGAGCGGGAGCGCCAAGUGGUGAUGGCUGUCCUGGAGGCCUUGACAGGGGUGCUGCGCAGCUGUGGGACCCUCAUACUGCAGCCCCCUGGGCGCCUGGCUGAACUCUGCAACAUGCUUAAGGCAGUGCUGCAGAGGAAGACAGCCUGUCAGGAUACUGAAGAGGAGGAGGAGGAGGAGGACCAGUGGAGGAGCAUGUUGGGAGGUGCCACAGUCACAGCUGGUGCUGGUGCCCCAACCCCUGACCUGGCCCCACAGGCUGAAUACGAUGCCAUGCUAUUGGAGUACGCCGGUGAGGCCAUUCCUGCCCUGGCAGCCGCAGCUGGGGGAGAUGCUUUCGCCCCCUUCUUCGCUGGGUUCUUGCCAUUACUGCUGUGCAAGACAAAACAGGGCUGCACAGUGGCAGAGAAGUCUUUUGCAGUGGGUACACUAGCAGAGUGCAUUCAGGGCCUGGGUGCUGCCUCAGCCCAGUUUGUAUCCCGUCUGCUCCCCGUGCUGCUGAGUGCCACCCGGGAGGCAGACCCCGAAGUGCGGAGCAAUGCCAUCUUCGGGCUGGGCGUGCUGGCCGAGCAUGGGGGUCGCCCUGCCCAGGAACACUUUUCCAAGCUGGUGGGGCUCCUGUUGCCCCUGCUGGCACGGGAGCGCCAUGACCGUGUCCAUGACAACAUCUGUGGGGCACUUGCUCGCCUACUGAUGGCCAGUCCCACGAGGAAGCCAGAACCCCAGGUGCUGGCUGCCCUGCUGCAUGCCCUGCCACUGAAGGAGGACCUGGAGGAGUGGGUCACUGUAGGGCACCUCUUCGGCUUCCUGUACCAGAGCACCCCUGACCAGGUGGUAGAUGUAGCUCCUGAGCUCCUGCGCAUCUGCAGCCUCAUUCAGGCUGAUGACAAGAUCCCACCAGAUACCAAGGCCGCACUGCUGAUGCUCCUGACAUUCUUAGCCAAACAGCACACCGAUAGCUUCCAUUCAGCAUUGGGCUCACUGCCCGGAGACAAAGCUCAGGAGCUCCAGGCCAUUCUGGGCCUCACCUAGACUGUGGGCUGCAGCCGGGCCAGAGAAAACAGCCUGACCAGGCCCCAAGACCACCACUCAGCCCAGUUCCUCCUCAUGCCUUACCAAAGAUUCUGGAGACCCAGAUCUGCUUGCUGCCUUAUGGGGCUGCUGUCCCUAGGGCUGGAUCUGCUAUGCUAUGGGACAAUACAAAUGGAGUCGUGACAACAUACUGUAAUAAAGGCAGUUCAUUUUCUGCUUUAAACAGUA